CAUAUCUGUAAGCGACACUAAUUUCUGAUGUCCAGUCAAAUGGUCAUCUUGAUUCUCCAGAAGGAUCCUAAACAAUUAUAGCAGACUUAACUUACUUGCUCUCAGACUUUGUGUUUAUUCAGCAUAUUUUUGUAGCUCUAAGUGCACACUACUGUAACUACAAAUCAAUCUGCCAUGUCUGCCACUGGUAGAAUUGGUUUCACUGUGAGAAGCAUUUUGGAUUUACCAGAACAUGACGCUUGCUCCAUGAAACAACUGCCUGUCCAUCCUGUACUGAACAACUAUUCAAGUUUCUCCUAUAAAGAGUGGAGUGAGGAAACCAAAAAGGGACACUAUUUGUCAUCAGAUGACAGCAGUACAGAGGCAACUUUGCCAGACUCAACUCAAAAGUCAGAUACUUUUUUGGAUACAAAGCCCGAAAAAAAGAAGAAAAGACGCAUUUUAUUUUCCAAGGCACAAACAUUUGAGCUAGAAAGAAGAUUUCAACAACAGCGUUACCUUUCAGCUCCAGAACGGGAACAGCUGGCACACCUCCUCAGUUUGACUCCAACACAAGUAAAAAUCUGGUUCCAGAAUCACAGGUAUAAAAUGAAAAGGGCUAAGGUUGAGGGCCCUACAGAACUACAACAUUCAUCUCUAGUCCGAAGGAUAGUGGUACCAGUUCUAGUCAGAGAUGGUAAGCCUUGUGAAGUCUGUAAUUCCAUCAGCACUGGGCAGCAGACAGCAUGCCAGCUGCAGGAGAAGCUUCGAUGUGCCUGCAGUCUGAUACCUACCUCCCAGACAACAUUCACAUUGCAGGGUUAUCAGCAACUGCAGUCGUCAGCUGCCCUCAGCAUCUUCCCAGGUUACCAGCACUUAGCACACCCUGCUAUCUCUGCAUGGAACUGGUAAAAUGUCAGCCACUGGGUUUGGCAAAAGCAAUCAGCAAAACUGAACACCUGUGUGUGCCUUAUGGGACAUGACUGUUUCAUUAUGCUCGGAGGCACUGACUUACUUACGAACUACAAUUUACUGCCUGAACUACCUCUCAGGGGACUGAAAUGUAACAUUGCUGAGUUUAGGUAACAAUUUGCACAUUGUGAUUAAACAUUCUAUUAACCCUCCAAAAAGCUAUGUUUUAAUGUACAUUUUUUGCUUAUAAAGAAUAUUAUUUCACAAUUGUGCUUUGCUUCUGUUACUUUUAGGCAGAUGUUAUAUUAGA